UGACCCAGUACUUUGAUAUGUCUCUAUGAAUUAUACACAGAAGCCACCAAAAGAAUUGUGCUAUGUCAUCGUAUAAAGGGCGUCUAUUGAAAACGGUGCUGUUUAGAAAAGUCGCAUAUAUCUGAACAUCCUAAUGUACACAUAUAUUCAACUUGAAAUUCCUUUUGCAAAUUGGCAAUUCUGCUUAAUUCUACAAUAACUAUAUAACCAAGAAGCUCUAGUGCAAAAUCUGGUUCCCACAAUAGCGAAGAACGCAGGAGUGGAGCGCGAAGUCCUUCCAUGGGAGUCAAUCAGCCCUUGUGUCCCACCCGAGUGCAUGUCCUUCACACUGGGCGGGAUCGAACCUCAGUUUUUUACUUUACAGUUUUUAUUUCCUGUAAGUAUACAUUCAUGAGGUUCUGUUAACCUAAAGAAAAAAAUCUGAAUUCUUUGCGAGAUAUAUAUAAUUUGCUGUCUAGCAUCAAAGAAAUCAGUAUUAAGUGUCUAUUAGAAUUAAUUGUUCCUUCAUAAAAAGGACUCAAAAAUAAUAUAUCAGUAGGAGCAGUGAACUGCGUUGUCUGUCUAACUGGAGCCUUUUAUCUUUGUUUAAAUUAGAUACAAAAAUGUGCAAAAUGGUUUCGAAAACAGCUACCAUGCAAUCCUCCGGCGAAAGAUGGAGAAAGUCACUAGAAAAUAUACUUUGCGUCAACCAGGAUCCUGCUGAAGCGAUAGGCCACAGUGAUAUUUUUUUUCUUGUUUACGGACUAAACUCGCUUCCGGUGUGGAAUAAAAUGUCGCCAGUGAUGAAAGGAAGACUGACCCAAACUUUAGGUGAAUUUUUUGGUCGGCCAGACUGUCUGGGGAGCAGUUUUUAUUCACUGUUUGACUUUUUAUCUGCUCCCUUUUCAGUCAUUUUCAUCUGCCAUUUCGAUAGUACCAGAGUCCCUUUUAAGGAGGCGAGGGUUGACGUCAGCCACCAACAGGAACUCGCGCCCAAGGUCUUUUAUAAGUACCUUGCUCGCGCCUUGCCCGCGGAAGUCACAGUAGGAAAAGCGUCCGUAGUUGAUAUAGAGUUCCUGUGACUCUUCAUAAGCGGAGUGUAUUUUCGACAAACCUAUCUUAGAAAUCAACAAAACACAAUGAUGACACUUUCGAUCACCUUUCACCGGGAGGACUCUGCAGACUAGCUGUGCACCAAUCUAGAAAAUUCUGUAAGCGUUUUUCAUAUUUUUUCCUGAUCUUAGAUAGAAAUCGUUUUUGGACUUUCAUUUAGGUUUUCGGAAGCCCCCUGACGUCACCUCUUAUGGUAUUUUCCUUUUAACGCAGUGGAACUCGCAGACGUCGAUGCAAAACGUUUGACAAGAUGAGCAUUGUCAAAUGAACGGACGUUUAGUGGCGUGGUGUAUAAACGUUCUUUGGCUUUCCUCUUUUCCUUUUCUGCAAUUGCCUCGCAUGAACACAACAGGACUUGAACCUGAAAAAGGAAAAUUUCACUGAAUUACUGUAUAUUGCAAUUUCAUUUUCUUUAAAGUAUAUGUGACGGGGAAAAU